AUGGAGAACGGGUCAACUGACAGCCCAGCGGGUCCAGAGCCCCAAGUGCAGCGCACAGAAAUCCAGCCGCCCGCCGCCCUUGAUGAGUUGGCAGGCCCGGCGCGAACGCGUGGCGCUGUAUCCUCGCAGGAGGCGAGUGCGCCGCACCAAUCAGCCGCUAAGAAAAGGGCCAAAUGUCGUUAUUUUGCGACCAAGAAGGGUUGCCGUGCCGGCUCGGAAUGUCCAUUCAUUCAUGAUGCCGCUACGAUCGAGCAGAGGAAGGCCACACCCAGCCAGUCAUCUGGACCACAAUCGUCGACUGCAAAUGCCCAGAGUCCAGGCUCCGGCAUAGCUAGUGCGGUUGAGGACUUGAAUAUCAGUGAGACCGAGUCCAAGCAAGCUGUGACAACGCCUCAAGUGGCCCAGACUCCCAGACCGGUCUCAAAGGUAGAGAAGAAUGACCCGAGGGAAUUCCAACUCAAUCAGUUGAGGCGACGUUUCCGUCCACAAGAGCAGAGUGAUGAGAAUGGUUCGACUCUCUCGUUCGGGCUGGCUCCUUCGGACCCCGAUUUCCCUUUCGAAUUGGACGCCUUGCAAUGCGUUCUUCAUGUGCCAAAUACAUAUCCUGGCAAGGGACGGCCGAAACUUACCGUGACCAAUCCUGAAAUGGAGGCUGCUUUCCAGGCCAAUGUGUCUAGGGGAUUUGAUGAUAUCGUUGACUUUGCAAUUCGGACUAACGCCAGAGGAACUUUGCUCAAUUGGGUGAAUACCCUCGAUAGACAGCUUGAACGGCUUUUGACUACUCUGGAAAGAGGACCAAAGCUUACCUUUGUGGCUAAUGUUGGGAGCGGUGCUGUGAGUCCAGCGCCUACACAGAGGACAAGCUCAGUUGCCCCUGUGCAGCCUCGCCCGACUCCUACUACAUCGGCUACUACCACAUCGAUUGUAGCAACAAAACCGACUAUCGUUGCUCCAAGCUACACCUACGAACAAAAGGCCCAGGCUGAAAAACGCAGGGCAAUGGAGACGAAACAGCUUGAAGGCCGACUUGGAAGACUUCCGCUAUUCCAGAAACGUUCGGAAACGUCUUUCAAUAUCCCAAUACAACCCACCAAGCAGGACCGUCUGCCGAGGUCUCUUCAAGCCGUGAAAACGGUGAAACUUAUCGUACCAUCACUCUACCCUCUGGAGCACAGCUCCAUCGAGAUGCAGGGUGUGAACAGCCCGGAAGCCAGAUCCGUAGAAGCCGGAUUUGCGCAAUGGUUCGAUACAAACUCCCAGAUGAAUCUGGUAUCACAAAUCAACUACCUGGCUAGCAACAUGCACAAUUUUGCCAAGACACCUCUGCCUGAGGUUGCAGAGCAAGCCCAGCACGAACACCUCCAGGUAGAGGAGGAUACUUCAGCGCCCCAAUCUGAAGCUGGUGUUCCUCUCGAAAGUAGUGGAGACAGACCUCAUUUGCAUGUCAUCCCUCGUCCACCCGAAUGGUCUGUCCCAGAGCAUCAGAGCGGCAGCGACAUAACAGACGAAUCUAGCUACGAGGAAGACUCUGAAGAGUACGAUGAGAACGACCUAGAUUCUGAAGAAGGCGGUGCUCCUGUCCCCGUGGUUCUGGAUACUCCAGGCCGAGGCGUUGCACUCUCAUUCCCCUUCCUGGAGCUCUAUGGCAUCGAACUGCUGGAGAUAAGCCACCUCGCCAUCACUAUCAAAUGUGAGCGCUGCAAGGAAUCGAUGGAUAUCAAGAAUGUCCCUCAGCUCGCGGAUCCCAAGGACAUGCCGAAAAUCGAGUCGUGCAAGAAAUGUGCCAACUCGAUGAGCAUCGGGUUCCGGAAACAAUUGAUGCAUUCGCACGCGAACCGCGCAGGGUAUCUUGACCUAGAUGGCUGCACAGUCCUCGAUCUUCUCCCAAGCAACUUCAUCCCAACAUGCUCCGAAUGCUCAACCGCCUACCACGCCCCAGGCGUAUCAGCCGUCCGCGGCGAAAGUGCAAUGGCAAUUUGCCGGCACUGCCACCGGAAGAUGGUUUUCAAGAUGCCCGAGGUUAAGUUCCUGGUCGUUGGUAGUGCGGCGAUGUCCUCCCGCUCCGCGCUGCCAUUGAAAAAGAGGCCAAAGGAAGUCCUCGGUAUUGUUGCUGGGCAGGAACUUCCUCGACGCGGUCGGUGCCAACACUACGGGAAGAGUUAUCGUUGGUUUAGGUUUAGUUGUUGUGCGAAGGUGUUUCCUUGUGAUAAAUGUCACGAUGCGGAAACGGAUCAUCCUAAUGAACACGCCAACCGUAUGAUCUGUGGCUUCUGCUCUCGCGAGCAAAUCUACAGACCAGAGAGUUGCGGGGUUUGCAGAGCUACGCUUAUCGGUAAGGCUGGUAGUGGAUUCUGGGAAGGUGGUAAGGGAACGAGGAAUCGGGCUCUUAUGAGCCGGAAAGAUCCUCGAAAGUAUAAGCGGCGUGGGAGGACUGUGCCUGGUGGGUCUAGCUCGAAGAAGAAGUAG